GUUCGACCGUUCUCUUUCGCCGUGCUUUCUUGUUGCUCGGUCUCUUUGCCUGGAGAUCCCGUCGCUGUCGUCGCCUUCGCUGCUGCCGCCGCCGCCAUGAAGCUCCUCCAUCUUUGCGCUCCGGUGCUGUGUUUGCUGUGGCUGGGUCAGGCCUCCCUCGCCGUCGACAUCGAGGAAGAGGAGGGCGUGCUGGUGCUGAAGACCGCCAACUUCGAGCAAGCGCUGGAGCAAUACCCGAAUAUCCUGGUGGAGUUCUAUGCACCAUGGUGUGGUCAUUGUAAAGCUUUGGCACCUGAAUAUGUGAAAGCAGCAGCAAAAUUGAAAACUGAAAACUCUGAAAUCAGAUUGGCUAAGGUAGAUGCUACAGAAGAAUCCGAACUCGCCCAACAAUUUGGUGUUCGGGGUUAUCCUACUAUCAAAUUCUUCAAGAAUGGAGAUAAGUCUUCUCCCAAAGAAUACACAGCUGGCAGAGAAGCAGAUGACAUUCUAAAUUGGUUAAAGAAACGCACAGGACCUGCAGCCACUACCCUGGCAGAUGUAGCUGCUGCGGAAGAACUAGUGGAAUCCAAUGAAGUUGCUGUGAUUGGAUUCUUUAAGGAUGCAGAAUCUGAUGUGGCCAAAGAGUUUCUGUUGGCAGCAGAGGCCAUUGAUGACAUUCCUUUCGGGAUCACUUCCAACAGUGAGAUUUUUGCCAAAUAUCAGCUCAAAAAAGAUGGAGUUGCUCUUUUUAAGAAGUUUGAUGAAGGUCGUAACAAUUUUGAUGGGGAAAUAACAAAAGACAACCUCCUGAAUUUCAUCAAAUCGAACCAGUUACCCUUGGUGAUUGAAUUUACCGAACAGACUGCACCUAAAAUUUUUGGUGGAGAGAUUAAGACACACAUCCUGUUGUUCUUACCUAAGAGUGUUGAGGAAUACGAGGGUAAACUGGAUAACUUCAAAACAGCAGCUGAAGGCUUCAAAGGAAAGAUCUUGUUCAUUUACAUUGACAGCGACCAUAGUGACAACCAGAGGAUCUUGGAGUUCUUUGGCCUCAAAAAGGAGGAAUGCCCUGCCAUACGCCUUAUUACUCUGGAGGAAGAAAUGACCAAGUACAAACCAGAAUCCGAUGAUCUGAGUCCAGAGAAUAUUAGGGACUUCUGCCACAAGUUCUUGGACGGCAAAGUUAAGCCCCAUCUGAUGAGCCAAGAGAUUUCUGAUGACUGGGACAAGCAGCCUGUCAAAGUUCUGGUUGGGAAGAACUUUGAGGAGGUGGCUUUUGAUGAAAAUAAGAAUGUCUUUGUGGAAUUCUAUGCUCCUUGGUGUGGCCACUGCAAACAGUUAGCUCCCAUUUGGGAUAAACUUGGAGAAACUUACAAGGACCACGAAAACAUCAUUAUUGCUAAGAUGGACUCUACAGCGAACGAAGUUGAGGCUGUGAAGGUCCACAGUUUCCCUACUCUCAAGUAUUUCCCUGCUGGCCCUGAUAGAACGGUUCUAGAUUACAGUGGAGAGAGGACAUUGGAAGGUUUUAAGAAGUUCCUGGAAAGCGGUGGAAAAGAUGGUGGUGUAGAUGAGAAUGAUCUGGAAGAUCUAGAGGAUGCAGAAGAGGAGCCAGAUGUUGAAGAGGAAGAAGAAACUGCAGCUCAAAAAGAUGAACUGUAAACAGAAGUCCAAUCUGCAUAUCCCCAGACACUAUGCUGCGGCUGCCAACUCAAGCAAGUCAGCAAACAAAUUCUAACCAGAAGACUGAAACUGGUUGGGAGUCCAGGGAAAUUAACCCAUUCCUCCAACCUGUCAAACAAAUCUAGUUUUAUUCUAUGCUGAAGAAGGAUCUGACUAGUUGGCAAACUGCUGGGUCUUUUUUCUUGCCUUUUUCCCUCUUCUUUCAUUUGAAAACUGUGAUGUACAUUUCCUUAGACUAUUGCGGCCUGGGUAGAAGCAGAUUGAAAUGAUAAUAUGUCCUAUUGCCUAACUAACUUGGGAAUUUCAUGAAUAAGGCAUCCUUAAACAUUAAUCACACUUUGUCUAAAUGACAUAUGCUGCUGUUGACCCAGCAGACUGUUGGUUAUUGUCCCAGCUUUUCUUCCUUAUGCUUUACUGUUGGUUUUUCUCGCCCCGGACCAUUCCAAUGUGGAAGAAAUCACUAGGCUGACCAAGAGAAUAAGUGGGGUAUAGUAGGUCCUUUUAACUCAUUGCAUAGUCUCAUGUCCUCUUUAUAUUGUACAAUUGAUUUCUGUCAUCCAAAGAUCUGGAAGGGUAGGAAACCGUUGCUGAGGAAUGAGAGUCCAAUUGCCUCCUUCCAUAAAGCGAAAUCUAACUUGAGUUGCUAUCUCACCUGCAAUGAAACAAAAGCCUUGCUAUCUACACAUUAUUUUGCAAAUGCGUUUUCUGGGGACUGUUGGGAAAUAACUUCUCUGAAUGCAACAAAAAGGACACUUAAUAACUAAGGAGUUUUGUGGGGAUACUUGAGAGCCAUGGAAAGUCUGUAUUACAAAGAGGAUGAUGUGUUUCAAUGGAAUUCAUUUUAAGCAUCCAUGAUGCUCAAAGGAAUGGAACUCAUUGGCCAAAUAAAAGUUAAUUUUAAUACUC